AGAGCAUUCUGGGUAGAGGUGAAAGGCCAGAGCCAGAAAGACACAAGCUUCCCCAGAAAGCUUCCCAAGGAAAAUGGGCACCAGGAGCCAAUAAAAACUGCCAUCAGAAUCUCCUGGCACCAGGCAGUCCUAUCUACAACAAGAACAGAAGAACGCCACCAUGAGCACUGCAGGCAAGAUGAUCAGAUGCAAGGCUGCUGUGCUCUGGAAGCCUGGAGCCCCACUUGACAUUGAGGAGAUAGAAGUGGCCCCACCAAAGGUAGAGGAAGUUCGAAUAAAGAUAGUGGCCACAGGAAUCUGUGGUACAGAUAUGAGAAGUCUGGAAAAGAAAGAAUUUACUCAUCUUUGCCCCAUCAUUAUUGGCCAUGAAGGAACUGGAAUAGUUGAGAGUGUGGGAGAAGGAGUAAGCACGGUGAAAACAGGUGAUAAAGUUAUCAUCUUAUGUUUACCACAAUGUGGAAAAUGUAACACUUGCCUGAAUUCAAAGAACAAUAUUUGUACCGAAAUUAAACUGUCAAUGACACAUCUGACAUCUGAAGCUGGCAGCAGAAUUACCUGCAAGGGAAAAUUGGUGCAUCAGUACGUUUCUAUAGGCACCUUCUCUGAAUACACAGUCAUAAAGGAAAUGUCAGUCGCCAAGAUUGAUGAAGGUGCUCCUCUGGAGAAGAUGUGCAUAAUUGGCUGUGGGUUUGCCACUGGUUAUGGUGCUGCCAUCAACUCUGCCAAGGUAACUCCAGGCUCUACCUGUGCUGUGUUUGGCCUGGGAGGUGUUGGUCUCUCUGUCAUCAUUGGCUGUAAAGCAGCAGGAGCAUCCAGGAUCAUCGCUGUGGACAUCAAUAAAGACAAGUUUGUGAAGGCCAAGGCAGUGGGUGCUACUGAGUGCCUAGCGCCACAGGACUUUGAGAAACCCAUUCAACAAGUCUUAUUUGAUAUGAUGAGUGGAGGUGCAGACUUCUGCUUUGAGGUCACUGGAAACCCAGAUACGGUGGAAACUGUCCUGGCCUCCUGCCACAAGGACCAUGGAGUCUGCGUGAUUAUUGGAGCAAUAGCGUCUUGGGUUUCACUCAACCUCAAUAGCCAGUUGUUCUUCUCAGGACGUACUCUGAAAGGGUCUGCUUUGGGAGGCUGGAAACCCAAAGAGGAAAUCCCCAAGCUGGUUUCUGACUACAUGGCAAAGAAGUUUGACCUAGAGCCACUGAUUACCCAAACCCUGACUCUCAAUAAGAUCAAUGAGGCAGUUCAGCUAAUGAAAAACGGGCAAUGUAUCCGCUGUGUCUUGCUCCCGUAAUUAGAGGAUCUCCAGCAUUUCAUCACUAAUUUGUAUUCUGUAUGUACCAUUAUUUAGAAGACUCAGCCACACAACACUUUUCUAUUUUCUUGCCUUUGAUUCACUCAGCUACAAUCUUGUAAGAGGCUUCUCACCUACCGCACACAUCACAAUUAUUCUCACGUGACCCAGUACAAUGCAGGACCAGCCUCCCUUUUGUAGCUAUGUUAGAACAGCAGAUUUGAGUCACCCAGUAGCAGAUUCUGCAUAUGAAAACAUAGCUGAUGAGGUCCCUACCUAUAGACCUAUGUCUCCUCAACCACUGGAUCUUUCCCACACUGUAUGGGUCCACACAUGAAGCUCUGUGCAUUGUCUACAAGAUGCAAAAUUCCUACUAGAGAAGCUACUGAAAGUGAUAAACAACUGAGAAAACUUGUAUGGUAAUAGCAAGUUAUCUAAUAUGGAAAUCAAGAAAGAAAUCUCACAGUUGAUCUCACAAGUAAAUUAAUAACCUAGAAACAAAUUUAACCAACGGUGAAAGAUCUUUACAAUAAAACUAUAAAACACA